CGUUUUGUUCAUUUUUAAAGGUUCUGACAUUCGCAACACUUAACGUUAAUAUUUUGUAAAAUUAAAAAAAUUUAAAAAUGAGAUUUUUAGUAAUUUUACCAAGUUUAUUAGCUGCUUGCUAUGGAUAUAACCUUUUUUCAAAUAAUAUAGAAGAUGUUGUGAAAUCAGCAAUAAUUUAUGACUGUGCACAAGCUAACAAUGGCGCAAAACUUCCUGUUCUCAACGAAUGCUCCAAAUUUGUUCUUUGUGAUGGAAACUAUAACAUAACUUUGACAUGUCGAUUAUCAGAGCCCCAUUUUAAUAGAUGCACUAGCUCAUGUGUUAAUGACUUGGCAAUAUGCAGUGUAGCUAGCUGUGAUUCGGACUUAACAACCACAACAACAACAACAACAACAACAACUACAACAACCCCAUCUAAUGUAGAUUCUACAACGACAUCAACAAUCACAACAACAACAACAACCCCAGUCACAACAACAACGAAAUUUUCUCCACCAACUGUUCCUAGCGCGACCACAACAGGAGCUGUACCGCCACCUGCAGCAUGUACAGAUAACGCUAGUUGCGCUGGACAGUGUCCAAGUCCUUCAUGUGAUGAACAAUGUGAAUGUAAUACAGAUUUAGGAACCUGCAGUGCAAAUACAGCUAUUACGUGUCCAUUCGACUGUGUAACGGAAUGUGGAUGUACUGAUAAUUGUGAUUGCACUAGUGGCACAUGUACAGCUUGUAUGGAUCCUGAAGUCACUUGCCCAGGUUUAUAAUUUAAUUCUAAUGGAAGUCAAUUUUGUUAGAUUUAUACAUAAAAGCUGAAUUUAUAUGGAAAUUUUAAUGGAAAUAAAAAAAAUAUAAUCUGUGAUUCAGUUUGCACAGUUCAAUAGUUUAAAUUGAA